UAUUUAACUAUACUUUAAAAAGACAAGAAAGCCCCUAAACCCACCGUGAUAGCCUGUAGGCGGCGCGUGAUGAUACCACACCACGGAACAUUUCCUCUGAACACUAUAUAUAAACAUUUGUUCCACGACUAUUAGAAUAAACGAAGAGAGCCGCUCGUUUUCUCAUUAAUUUUUCUUUUUUUUUUUUUCCAUUUUCAAUCGAUCAAUUUUGCGCCUUGAGCUCGAUUUCAGAGGUGAUUGGUCACGAUGGAUUCUGAAACUGUCACCUCAAAACAAGGUGAUUCGUCUUCAAACGGGGUUAAUCUAGAUCCAAACUCAAGCCACGGAGAUAAACCUGGCGAUAUUCUGAAGAAUUUACAGAACGUCUCGUACAUUUACAGACAAGAUGUCGUGAGAAACAAAACCGACACUGAGAUUGGAAUAGUGACCGAAGUUGCUGGAGAUUCGGAUUCUGAUAGCUCUGAUGAUGAUGAUGAAGAUGAAGAUGAUGAAGAAGAUGAAGAUGACGAAAAAGAAGAUGGUGCUGGUUCGAACGAUGAAGGUGCAGUAGACAACAAUGGUGAAAAUGCUGCUGAAAAUAACGAUGAAAAUGACUACAAGCACACCCCACUUACCGUCGACCAACUUAGAGUGUUUUGGAUGAACGGUUCAGAAACAACUGAAAGCACUAAUGACGUGAAAGUUGUGGAUAGAGGGUUUCUACACGGCGACUAUGUUUCUUCAGCCUCUGAUCCAAUGGGUCAAAUAGGUAUCGUGGUUGAUGUUAAUAUCAAUGUUGAUUUAUUAGCACAUGAUGGAACUAUACUAGAAGAUAAACCGUCUAAAGAGUUGAGGCGCAUUAGGGAUUUCACUGUGGGCGAUCAUGUUGUACUUGGUCCAUGGCUCGGUAGGAUCGAAGACGUUUUCGAUAAUGUAACUGUUCAGCUUGAUGAUGGUUCUGUGUGCAAAGUAAUGAAAGCCGACCCGUUGCAUCUUAAACCGGUCGGAAAGAACAUUAUCGAAGACGGGCAUUUUCCGUAUUAUCCAGGCCAGCGUGUGAAGGCAACUUCUUCGUCUGUUUUCAAGAAUUCGAGAUGGCUGUCUGGAUUAUGGAAAGCUAACCGUUUGGAAGGGACAGUGACUAAAGUUACUGUAGGGUCGGUUUUGAUAUACUGGAUUGCUUCGGCUGGAUAUGGGCCUGAUUCCGCUACUACACCAGAUGAAGAGCAGACUCCGAAGAAUUUAAAGCUAUUGUCUUGUUUCGCGCACACAAAUUGGCAGUUGGGUGAUUGGUGUUUACCUCCUUCAUGCUUAGAGUCAUCCUCAUUCACACUGUUAAAUAAGGAAGUAUCAAAACCAGUUUCUACUAAGGAAGAACAUGACUCCACUACUGAAAAUGGCGAUGAUUCUGAUGCAGAAGUGGCAUCCAUGGAGAACGAUUCAGACGCUUCCUUGAACAAAACUGGUGGAAUACCAGAUCACAACACACCUGCAGAAAGAUCAUGCAAUACUUCAGUGCCCCUUCACCGUAAAAAGAUCCGUAAAGUGGUGGUGAAAAAGGAAAAGAAAGUCCGUAAGAAAGUCGAAAACUUCGAAAGAGCCCUUUUAAUCAUCAACACCAAGACAAAAGUCGAUGUCGCCUGGCAGGAUGGGACGAUAAAACGGGGCCUGGAUUCGACUUCUUUAAUUCCCAUUGACAGUCCUGGUGACCACGAAUUUGUUGCGGAACAGUACGUAGUGGAGAAGGCUGUUGACAGUGACGACCCUACUGAGACAAGACGUGUGGGUGUUGUGAAAAGUGUCAAUGCGAAAGAUCGAACGGCUAAUAUUCGGUGGUUGAAGCCCGUUUUGAGGGCAGAUGACCCUAGAGAAUUUGAUCAGGAAGAAGUGGUGAGUGUUUAUGAGCUGGAAGGACAUCCUGACUAUGAUUAUUGUUAUGGAGACGUAGUUGUUAGGCUGUCUCCUAUUUCUUUACCAGCCGAUAUGGAUUCUGUUUCACACUCUGUCGAAAAUACACCCGAACAUGAAAAGGGGGAGCAAAAUGAAAAGGAUAAUACACAAGACACGUCCAAUGAGUUUUCGGAUUUGUCUUGGGUAGGGAAUAUCACAGCGCUGAAAGAUGGUGAUAUAGAAGUUACUUGGGCGGAUGGGAUGGUAUCCACGGUUGGUCCUCAAGCAAUAUAUGUCGUUGGUCGAGAUGAUGAUGAAUCAGUUGCAGGUGGAAGUGAUGACAGUGAUGAUGCAGCUAGCUGGGAAACUGUGGAAGAUGACAUGGAUAGUGUCGGUAAUAUUCAGGAGGGCAAUGGGGAGGACAAUGCCGGUGAAAUCCAGGCCGGGAUUGAAGAUGAGAAUCCCGUUGCAGAAAAUUCCGGAAUGAAUGGAGCACUCUCGAUUCCACUUGCUGCAAUCGGUUUCAUGACCAGACUAGCAUCCGGAAUAUUCUCAAGGGGACAAAAGCACUCGGAUUUGAACUCAGAUAUCAACGGUGAAGAAGAUGGUGGGUCCAGCUCCGAGGAACCUAAUAAUAUUGAAUAUCGACUUUCUAAGCUAACUACUAAUUGUAAAGGGGAGGAAAAUGAUAAUGCUGAGUCCUCCGAUUUGUUAGAAAUUGCCGAGACUCUGUGCAACUUAAAACCACCAGAAUCAAAUGCUCCUCCACUUGAAGAAGAGCUUAAUUCGGCAUUCAAAGGCUUCGAUAUUGUUCAAGAUCCUUCAGACCAUUACUUUCUUGGUUCACAGAGACAGGCCAAUGCUGCCAGGAAAUGGCUGAAGAAAGUUCAACAAGAUUGGGACAUUCUACAAAAUAACCUGCCCGAUGGUAUAUAUGUGCGUGUCUAUGAAGAUAGAAUGGAUCUUUUGAGGGCUGUGAUAGUUGGAGCUUACGGCACACCUUACCAAGAUGGACUUUUCUUCUUCGAUUUUCUUCUUCCACCAGACUAUCCAGAUGUUCCACCUUCGGCGUACUAUUACUCUGGAGGGUGGCGAAUAAAUCCAAACUUAUACGAGGAAGGAAAAGUUUGUCUUAGUCUUUUGAAUACGUGGACAGGCAGAGGAAACGAGGUUUGGGAUCCUUCAACAUCGAGCAUUCUUCAAGUUCUCGUUUCACUUCAAGGGCUUGUACUAAAUUCCAAGCCAUACUUCAACGAAGCUGGAUAUGAUAAGCAAGUUGGCACAGCUGAAGGGGAGAAAAAUUCAUUGUCGUACAAUGAAAAUACGUUUUUGUUGAACUGUAAGACAAUGAUGUAUCUGAUCCGAAAGCCCCCAAAGGAUUUUGAAGAACUUGUGAUCGAGCAUUUCAAGAAGAGGGGUCUUUAUAUUCUCAAGGCAUGUGAUGCUUAUAUGAAAGGACACCUCAUCGGUUCGCUCGCAAAAGAUGCUUCGACCAAUGAUAUUAAUACCGACUCAAAUUCAGUUGGUUUCAAGCUUAUGCUUAAUAAAGUUGCACCGAAACUUUUCUCUGCUUUACAAGGAAUCGGAGCAAACUGCCACGAAUUUGAGCAUCUAAAUCCGGUACAGUUGUAGCAAUGGUCUGAAAGUAUUACUCGAAGAAAGCAAAUCUUCGAGGAUUAAUUGAAAUUCUGGUCUCGGCAUGGAGGCGUGUUUUCUUAUUUGGGAUAUGUUGAUAUACCAUAUUCUAAUGCUCGUUUUUGGGGUCUAAAAAUCUGGUUUAAUUACAACUAUUAUAAUCAUUUAAUUGUAAAAUUUUUUGAACUGACAAUACAGAAACAUGAGCAGUUUAUGGAGAUCUUGUGAUGGUUCUGGCAGGAUAUCUCUUCAUGCUUUCAUUUUCUAUAAACAUUUUUUAAUUGUUAUAUUUUUUCGAGGGCUAUGUAUGUCCUUGUGCUGCAAAAUCUUGGUCGGGCAGUCGAUAUUUUUGUUUAGAGUAGAUCGAUGAAAUUUGUUGUUGUAUUCAUUUGGAUUGUAGUUUUGUUGAACGUAUUAUUACAGGCAAUGUUUGGACAAGAAUUUAAAUUUUGGAGUCACUUAUUUGAGUAGA